AUGGCCUCUCUGCUGGAGUCCCUGGUUCCCAAAAUGCAGCCGAGGAGGUCACUUCCUGCUGGGGUGGAUGAGGAGGAGCCGGAGAGGCCGCGGAGGAGACCGGACCGAAGACCGACCGUGCAGGGGAGAGGGUAUCAGUUUCCUGAUUGGGCCUAUAAAACAGAGUCGUCCCCGGGCUCCCGGCAGAUCCAGCUGUGGCACUUCAUCCUGGAGCUGCUGCAGAAGGAGGAGUUCCGCCAUGUCAUUGCCUGGCAGCAGGGAGAGUACGGGGAAUUCGUCAUCAAGGAUCCAGACGAGGUGGCCCGCCUCUGGGGCCGCAGGAAGUGCAAACCACAGAUGAAUUACGACAAGCUGAGCCGGGCCCUGAGAUACUAUUAUAACAAGAGGAUCCUUCAUAAAACAAAAGGGAAAAGGUUUACUUAUAAAUUUAACUUCAACAAGCUGGUGAUGCCCAACUACCCAUUCAUCAACAUUCGGUCAAGUGGUGUGGUUGCCCAGAGUGCGCCACCAGUGCCAACAGGCUCUUCCCGCUUCCAUUUCCCACCUCUGGACACCCAUUCUCCAACUAGCGAUGUGCAGCCAGGGCGGUACUCUGCUAGCUCCCUAACUGCUUCUGGCCAGGAGUCAAGUAAUGGCACUGAUAGAAAGGUGGAGCUUUCAGAGCUGGAGGAUGGCCCAGCCGCUGACUGGCGCCCAGGCGUGGAUCUCAUGUCCUCCCGAAGUGCUGUGGGUGGAGGGAUUGGCCAUCAGAAGCGCAAGCCUGACAUCAUGCUUCCUUUGUUCUCCAGGCCAGGGAUGUACCCUGAACCCCAUAGUCCCUUCGCCGUCUCUCCGAUCCCAGGCCGUGGAGGCGUCCUUAACGUCCCCAUUUCACCAGCCCUCUCCCUACCUCCCACCAUCUUCUCCUAUAGCCCCUCACCAGGCCUGAGCCCCUUCACCAGCAGCAGCUGCUUCUCCUUCAACCCUGAAGAAAUGAAACACUACCUUCAUUCUCAAGCCUGUUCUGUGUUCAACUACCAUCUGAGUCCACGGACAUUUCCUCGUUACCCAGGCCUCAUGGUCCCACCACUGCAGUGCCAGGUGCACGCUGAGGAGUCCUCACAGUUUUCUAUCAAGCUGCAGCCCCCACCCGUCGGGCGCAAGAACCGGGAGAGGGUGGAGAGCAGCGAGGAGGCAGCCCCUGUCCCUGUUCCCACACUGACUCCUGUCCCGCCGAGAAUUAAAGUGGAACGAGCCUUGGAAAAGGAUCCCAAGAGCCUCAGGCAAUUGGCACGGGAGAAGGAGGAGCGCUCUCAAGAAGAGGGCACUGUGCCAAGCAGGACCACGGAAGAGGGGAAAAGCACCAUCUUCGCCCGCCCGGCUGCACCGCCUGUGUGGCCUCCUGUGCCCAUUAGCACCCCAAGUGAAGAGCCCCUGGAGGUGUCUGAAGACAAUGAGGAUAGGCCUGGCAAAGAGCCUGGGGCACCUGAGAAGAAAGAAGAUGCCCUGAUGCCCCCCAAGCUUCGGUUGAAGCGGCGCUGGAAUGAUGACCCCGAAGCCCUGAAAUGUUUUCAGGAAACAUGA